GUCGAUAAACUAUUUUGUUGUAGAUCGAUAGCUUCGUCUUUCAUUUUUGUUGUCUCAAUUUCUCGGUGAAUUAAAAUUUUCUCAAAUUAAUCACAGAUAAACGGAAAAAAGAGCCCCUAAAAUGGCGUUACGCACCUACGGCGAUAAACCAAUGAGCUUCCAGCUCGAAGAGAAUGGUGAAUUUUACUAUGUUGGAUCGGAGGUCGGAAACUAUCUACGAAUGUUUCGUGGCUCCUUGUACAAAAAGUAUCCGGGAAUGAUUCGGAAAACAUUGACGAAUGAGGAACGCAAGCGCUUGGCCGAAUCGGGCAUUAGUAGUCACUUGUUGGCUAGCUCAGUGUCACUGCUUCGAACAGUUGAAGUGGACGAAAUUAUUGGCGGCAAUGACGACAAAUACAUUGUUAGUAUACAGGAACCACCGCCAGUACGAGAAACUAAAUCCAAGAAGCCACAACCAUGGGUACAAACAAUGCCAAAUUCGAGUCAUCUCGAUGCCGUGCCACAAGCCACUCCGAUUAACCGAAAUCGCGUGCUAACCAAAAAAGUUCGAACGUUUCCGAUGUGCUUCGAUGAUACCGACCCGACGAUCAGUUUGGAAAACGCUUCGCAUCCGGAAGUAUUGGUUCCAAUUCGAUUGGACAUGGAGUUGGAAGGACAAAAAUUGCGGGACACAUUUACGUGGAACAAGCACGAGAGUAUGAUUGCGCCAGAACAAUUUGCCGAGAUUUUAUGCGACGACCUGGACCUGAAUCCCGUACCAUUCGUUCCGGCCAUUUCGUUGGCCAUUCGUCAACAGCUAGAAGCAUUCCCGAACGAACCGAGCAUUUUGGAGGAGAGCUGCGACCAGCGAGUCAUCAUCAAGUUAAACGUUCACGUCGGAAACACAUCGUUGGUGGAUCAGAUCGAGUGGGACAUGUCGAGCAAGGACAACAAUCCCGAAGAAUUUGCGAUGAAACUUUGCGCCGAACUCGGUUUGGGCGGUGAAUUCGUGACAGCCAUUGCGUAUUCGAUACGAGGACAAUUGUCUUGGCAUCACCGAACGUAUGCGUUCAGCGAAGCACCUCUACCCACUGUUGAAGUUCCAUUCCGAGCCACCAGUGAUGCGGACGCCUGGGCACCAUUCUUGGAAACGUUAACCGAUGCUGAGAUGGAGAAGAAAAUCCGCGACCAAGAUCGUAAUACACGUCGAAUGAGGCGGUUAGCUAACACGACGCCGGGAUGGUGAAAGGAUUGAAUUCUCAAGAAAAGAAACUUUUUUUUUAUAUUUAGUGUGUUGUCAAAUCAUCGGUCUUUCGAAUGGAACUUAAUUGAGUCAAUAAAAAUGUCUCAGUCUCAUUC